AUGGCCUUCUGUUCCCAACUGAUCCGAUCGUUCUUAAUUGUUUCAGCUUUGCUGAUGAUUAUUUCUGCAAAUGCUGAUGAAGUUUCGUUGUUGAAAAAAACCAACUCUCUUAACGGCAAGGCUCUUAUGAUUAUUCCUAUGUCAGCUUUGGUUCAACACCGGUACAACGAUUCCAGACUGAAAGAGUACAUGCCACGGACGGCCCGGAUGCAAAUCGACAUUAUCGACUGGCUUGCAAUUCGCUACAACUUCACUUACGCAAUUUUGACGACCAAUGAAACGACUCUGGAACGUCCUGUUAAUAAAGCGAAUCGAGGGUCUCUUAGUUUCUUGCUCGACGGAACUUGCGAUAUGGUCUUGAGCGAUCUCUUCAUGACAAGUGGUCGCUAUCGAUUGGUGGACAUGCCUUACCCUUGGUAUCAAGGACCUGCUAGAUUUCUUAUUCCUGUUCCGGAUGCAAGUUUAAAUUUCGCAUCAGUUUUGAAGCCUUUUCAGUUACCGGUUUGGAUCACUUUGAUAGUUUCGGUAGUACUCUUGAUUGCCACCUUUGAACUGAUCAAAUGUUAUCUACCUUUAAGAGACUCUAACGACUCUGACAUUCAUGACGUCACUCAGUGCACGUCGAAUAAACCUAUUCCGUACCUUUACGUGUUUGGAUUGCUUCUCUCUCAGGGAGGUCCCAUAAUAUCGAUGAGACUCCCCAUCCGACUGGUGGCAGGCAUUUGGUGUUUAGCCGCUUUUGUUCUGAGCCAGGCUUACAAUUCUACUCUCAUCACUUACGUCAUCGCUCCCAACAAUCCUCCGCUAAUCAACUCCGUCAUGGACAUCAUCAGUAAUCCCAAUAUUCGCCUUAUAGUCGAGAAGAAUAUGGGAUUGGACGUCGUCAUAUCUGGUUCCACGGAUGAAGAUGGCGUCUUCCGGCAUCUAAGAGACAGAAUCAACGGUUAUCCAACAUCGCGCUGCAUCUAUCAAUCUGAGUGCAUCGAACGUGUUAUAUCCGGGGGAUCUCACUCGAUCGAGUACCUGUUGGAUGCCAUGUUUGCCGAUUUUCAAAAGACUGGACAAUGUCGCUUACAGAUUGCCAAAGAAGGUUUCAUGAACUUUAUCAUAUCCUUGGCUCUGGUAAAGCAUAGUCCCUACACCAAUUCCAUUAGCAAAGGAGUAAUUGAAAUGAAUCAAUUUGGAUUGAUUGAACACUGGAUUGCAUCGUACCAAGCUAUGCCACAUCAGUGUCUAGCUCAAGCCGCUAAAAAACGGCGAGAUGAAACACCCAGAUUGUCGCUCAAAAAUCUGACUGGAGCUUUCGCCGUCCUCGUCGCCCGCCGUCGACUUAUUACUAUUCAACGCCCAGUCGACUCGAGUCAUUCAACCAAACAAAAGGCUUCAACUUCUAGCGGUCAGUACGGACCAGACGAAUUUGUCUUCUGGUAA